UCAAGCGCCGAACCGAACGCGCGGUGUUGAAAGCCGGCGAGUUUGUUAUGUGUUUUUAAAAUAUCAACAAUAUUACGAAUAAGAUAAAAACCCGGUAAAAAUAUAAAUAUUUGAUCUCGAAAAUAUAUAAUAUUUUUGACCACCAAUCGAAUUUACGAUUUUUGUGCGAACGGCUAAGCGGCGUAGAAAAAACGAACAUACGAAAACAAAUGGCGCGCGUUUUAAGUGUUUUCAGUAUAAAAAAGAAUAAAUCGAAUGUCUCACACAAAAAGUAAUAUAAAAAACAAGGCAUCUGAUUCUGAAAAUUGAAGGAAAACAAAAGUAACAAAUUAAAUUAUAUCGAAGAAAAAAACAAAGCCAAUUUGUUUGGUAAAAUAUAACAAGCACAUAUAGAGUGAACCUCAAAAGCAAAAAUACACCAUAACUUAUAUAACAAGUAAACAACAGUAAUACUAUUUAAAUAUCAAUAUUAAUCAAAUAAUCCAAUUAUAAAAAAUCCUUUUAUAACAAUUAAAUAAAGUGAAUAAAUACAAAACAAAAUCAAGUAAAAAUCCCGUAAAUCUCAUACGAAAAUGCUGGAAAAUUGGCAAUGUGAUUUGUUUGUGUAUCAGUAAAGUGCAAUAAAUAACAGUAAGAAAUAACAGUUAACAACGGAAGAAGCCAAGAUGACGCGCGAGGAAGAGGAAGAGGUGCGCUCUUUGCUCUCCCGUCACCAGGAGCGCAUAAUGCUGGAUCUGGGCAGUACCGAUCUGCUGGCGGUACUGGUCAAAAACUCGGUUCUCAGUCAAUCGGAAGAGGAUCUGCUGUUAAAGCCGUAUAAUGCCGUAACGCCCACGCCUUCGGCCGCCGCCUCUGCCACAGUGGAGCCUCCUGGCAGUGCACCCUCGCUCACCAAGAGAAAACUAAGUGCCGUUGCCAGUAGCGGUAGUACGGCAAGUGGGGGCAGUGCAGGUAGCGGAGGCAGUGGAUCCUCUCGAUGCGCCAGUGUAAACGGCGACGCCAAUUGCGACAGCCGCUCACUAACGCCCUCUGGCGGGGGACUAUGUUCUGGACUAAACGACGCCGAAAUCCUAAGACUCCAGUGCUCUAAUCUCAUCGAGAUCAUUGCCAAGAACGGAUUCGAGAAGUUCAAGCAGUUCUGCUACGCCAUCGAGUGCGAGUGUCCGCAGCUGAUCGAGGAUCUAAUUAACGAUCGUCUCAAAAGCGGUAUGUAUAUUACCAUUAUGUUGUGGGUGUGUGCCGUGCCCCAUUGGCUUUGACUCCGUCGAAAUUUGCAUAAACUUUGGGCCACAAGCAAAGCGGCCAAAUGUCAACAACUCUAUCAGCCAGAAAGAUACGGAGUCGCCACUCUUUUGGUAGCGAAUUUCAGAAAACCUCCGACGUCAACUUCAACGCAAAUUGGCAACACAAAUCUGUCAACGGGCC